UUCUGUGUUGCUGAAUGGGUGACAACUUCUAGUCACCUCACCUGUGAAGAACAUCACAUUGUGCAGGACAAGUGGCCGUGAUGUACCAGGAGGUGGCCUUCCUGGCAGGGACCUCCGAGCACCAGUUCACCACCUUCCACUUCCAACCUGUGGAGAACAAGAAGGAGGUCCUGGCCAAAAAGGGUUUGUUCUACAAGCGAGCCAAGCUUCUUCUCCAGCCUCAGCCUCGACAACAAGAUGGAGGAGGGAUCGGCCUUUCUGACGGGGCGGCCAUUAUCAACGUCGGCGGGAUCAAGUACCAAAUCCCUUGGUCUACGUUGGACGAAUUCCCUUUGACUCGAUUGGGGAAGUUACGAAGCUGCAGCAACGAGGAUGAAAUCAUGGAUUUGUGCGACGAUUACGACAGCAGCCGAAACGAGUAUUUCUUCGACCGAAGUCCGUCGGCUUUCCGCACAAUCGUGUGUUUCUUAGCAGCGGGGAAACUGAGGCUACUGAGGGAAAUGUGCGCCUUGUCGUUCCAAGAGGAGCUGCUCUAUUGGGGGGUGGAGGAGAAAAAUCUAGACUGGUGCUGCCUUAGGAAACUGAGGCUCAGACAGGCGGAGUUCAAGGAGCAACAGAGACUGGAGGAGGAAGAGGAAGCAGAGCUAACAACGCCACAAUCCUGCCAGGAGAGUCCACAACCGCCUGAGGCUCCAGAAGAGACUCGAGCGGGGGGAUGCAUGAGGAGAUUAAGGGACAUGGUGGAGAACCCACACUCUGGUUUACCCGGGAAGAUCUUCGCCUGUUUGUCGGUUAUAUUUGUAGCCAUCACCGCUGUGACGCUGUGUGUCAGCACCAUGCCAGACCUCAGGGAGGAGGAGGAGAGGAUUCAG